AUGGCAGGUUGGAAAUGGGUGAGGGGAUUCCUGAAGCGCAAUCCACGAAUUUCUUUGCGUAGUCCAGAAAGUACAUCAUUAGCUAGAGCCCAGGCUUUUAACAAGCCUAAUAUUCAAGCCUAUUUCAAUGCACUAUCUAACACUCUGGAGCAGUACAACUUUCCUCUCGAAAAUAUAUUUAAUAUGGAUGAGUCAGGUUUGACUACGGUCCAAAAGAAAUGUCAAAAAAUUUACGCUUCAAAAGGUCGGAAGCAAGUUGGUGCACUCAGCAGUGCAGAGUGUGGGCAGCACGUGACCGUAGUAUGCGCAAUGAAUGUCAUGGGCACUUACAUCCCUCCUGCUCUUAUUUACCCUCGUCAAAGGAUGAACGAUGAGCUUAUGAACGGUGCUCCCGUUGGUAGCAUAGCUUUCGUAGAAGAAAAAGGUUGGAUGACCAGUGAAAUUUUUUGUAGAUGGCUAAAGCAUUUCGUGAAGUAUACGAAAGCAUCUAAUAACAAUAAGGUUCUUUUGCUCCUAGAUGGGCACAGUAGCCAUAAGAGCCUCGAAUCUCUUCAGUUUGCAAAAGAAAAUGGGGUAAUUGUGUUCUGCUUCCCGGCAGAUUGUUCACAUCACGUUCAACCAUUGGACGUAGGAUUCUUCCGUCCUCUUCAUACGUAUUUUGAUCAAGAAUUUCAAUUAUGGCUUCGUCAAAACCGGGGGAAGGCAGUGACUCAAUUCAAAAUAGCAGGUCUUCUCAAUCAAGCUUAUUUGAAGAGUGCUGUACCAUCAAAUGCAAUAAAUUCGUUCAAAAAGACUGGCAUUCAUCCUUUCAAUCCUCAUGUCUUCGAGGACUGGCAGUUUGCACCAGCUUUAGCAACGGAUAAGCAGAUUCUCGAGGCUCAAGGAGAUAUCAUCGAGAACCAAAUGGAAUUAGAAAUUCAAACCCCAUCCACAUCUGGUCUUAACAUGUCUUCAUCGUCAGUUCUCGACAUUUCUGUGAAAGAAAUUUGUCCUCCCCCUCAAACUGUAGCAAUUGGUACUGAUAAAAAAAAUGCAGAAGAAGGGGAAAAACUGGUCAUUUGA